AUGAAAAAUCGUCAACACGACACUCCACCAUCAUCCAUAAAUGGUGACGAUAUAGUCGGAAUGGAUGGAGAGAAUGAUGAGGAAUUCAUUUACAUGGGGGACAUUGAUGAUCAAAUUCAAUUUGAUGACGACGAAAUGGUUGACGAUCAGGAGGAAGAGUAUAGCGACUCUGCAAUGGAAAGACCUGAAGAUCAAGCAGCAUUAGUUUUCAAUAAGCAUACAGGUUCAGUCUUUUGUUGUGAUUUACACUUAAAUGGAAAAGUUGCUGUCACUGGUGGUGAAGAUGACAAAGCAUUUGUAUGGUCUGUGGAGACGGGUGAUGUAAUUAUGGACUGCAAAGGACAUAAAGAUUCAGUUAUCUUUGUUGGCUUUAGUUUUGAUGGAGCAUAUCUAGCCACUGUUGAUAUGUGUGGAUUAAUAAAAGUUUGGAAAUGUAAUUUCGAAACACAAGAACCUUGGCAGGUAGCCUUUGAGUAUGAAGCUGAUGACCUUAGUUGGGGUUUAUGGCAUUUUGGUGCAAGAGUCCUGCUAUGUGGGGCAGACACUGGUGAUAUUUAUGUCUUUAAAAUACCCUCAGGAGACACCAAGGUUUUACAAGGUCACAGCAUAAGAACAGAGUGUGGAAAGAUUUUUCCUGAUGGAGUGAGGUUAGCGGUCGGAUAUGAAGAUGGAGCUGUAAAAAUUUGGGAUUUAAAAACAAAUGCAAUCCUGCACCAAUUUUCCAAUGGCGUGCAUGAAACCAGAGUCACUGCAAUUGAUAUACAUCCCGAGAAUAAUUUAAUGGCAUCUAUUUCAACUGAUGGUAAAGUGGUUUUAACUACAUCUGUCAAUGGAAAAGUUGUUGCACAACUACAAGCAGAAAAUGAUUUAGAAACUGUAGCAUUUUGUCCAGACUUACAGUUGGGUUACUUUGCACUAGGUACUUUAAACGGUUCCGUAACAAUCUGGGAUACAGCACGAAAAAUGAUCAGACAUUCUUGUGCCAAAUCUGAAGAAGAUGUGUCAGCCGGUGUUACUAAAAUGUACUGGAAUAAGGACCAACUAGUCACGGGCUGUCUCGAUGGGUCAUUAAGAGUCUAUGCUGGAAGAUCUGGGGAAUGCAGUGAAACACUAACAGGACACUGGUCGGAAAUAUUAGAUUUAGUGUAUAAUGCCAAGGAGAAUAUUAUACUAUCGUCAUCAGAUGACGGAACUGCGAGAAUAUUCAAAUAUCCUACACAGAAUGGAAACGAUUAA